UAUGGUAACACCUGGUGCCGUUAUUAACCUAUUGUCAUCGUCCUAUAUUUUCUCCAUUCUCUGACCCUCUGUUACUUCACUACUCUUCUUUCAUUCAUUUAAUAACCAUCCUUUUUCAUACUUCUCUUCCUCCUCCUCAAACCCUAAAACCCCGCAUGGAUCCCAAUCCCAAAAACUUCCCUGUUCUCUCCUACGUCAUGGCCCGUCUUCCCACCUUCGGACCUAGAACCACCUCGGCCACCGCCGCCGAAUACGACAUCGAACAACCCGAUCCAUCCUCUUCGGGUCAAUCAGAGAUAAUUGUUGAUCGAAUGCCUCAUUUGUCUGACCCCAAGCUCAUCUCCUCCAUGAGGCACGCCAUUCAUGACGUCUACCAGACCCGAUCCGUUCUCCAGGCUCUCGGGCCGCGCCCUGACCACGAGACAGUCGACAACGCAAAAGCUAGACUCUCUGAAAUAGAAAGCAGUCUGUCGAAAUCUCUGGAGGAAAUCGUGCUUAUGCCUCGCCCUGCUGAGGUGGACCGUUUCGAGUGGCGGGCGCACUUGGCGGAGAAAGAGAAGGAAUGUAGAGAAAAGGCAGAGAAGGAGAAAAGCGUGUACAAAUCGAUUUUACAAGUGGAUGAGAUGCACGAGGCCUAUGAGAAGAUGUUGAAGGAGGCGGAGGCGCUGUUGGUUAAGAUUUAUGAGAAAGCGGAAAAUGCGGAUGGCAGUGAGGUCUUACCUGUAAGUGAAGAAGUCAAUGAGGAAGUUGUGGGAGUGCUUCAAGAAGCUUCUGGAAAGCCCUUGGAAAGAGUCGAUUUGUCUUCCAGACGCCUCAGGUUCUUGCCCGAAGCUUUUGGAAGGAUAUCAGGAUUGAAAGUCUUAAAUUUGUCUAAUAAUCAGCUUGAGGUUAUCCCUGACUCAAUAGCUGGAUUAACGAAUUUGGAAGAACUUUAUUUGGGUUCAAAUCUUUUAGAGUCCCUACCUGACUCCAUUGGGUUGUUGUAUAAUUUGAAAAUCCUUGAUGUUUCUGGAAACAAACUGUGUGCUUUACCAGAUUCCAUCUGUCAAUGCAGGUCAUUGGUGGAGCUCGAUGCUGGCUUCAACCGCCUAUCAUACUUGCCAACUAAUAUUGGAUUUGAAUUAGUGAAUCUACAGAAGCUUUCAAUUCCUUUGAAUAAGAUUCGUUCGCUUCCAACGUCAAUUGGCGAGAUGAGGUCUCUGCGGUAUCUGGAUGCUCACUUCAAUGAGCUCCAUGGCCUCCCACUAUCAAUUGGGAAAUUGACAAAUCUUGAGAUCUUAAAUCUGAGCAAAAAUUUCAAUGACCUGACUGAACUUCCGGAAACCUUUGGUGAUUUGAUAAACCUGAAGGAACUUGAUCUUAGUAACAACCAGAUUCAUGCUCUUCCUGAUACAUUUGGCCGACUUGACAAUUUGACAAAACUCGACCUGGAUGAGAAUCCUCUCGUAAUCCCACCAAUGGAGGUUGUGAAGCAAGGAGUUGAAGCUGUCAAAGAUUUUAUGGCCAAGAGGUGGCUUCAACUACUAGUGGAGGAGGAAAGGAAAAGCAUGAUGCAAGUAAGCGAAGAGGGACAGACAGGAUGGUUGACCCGCAGCACCUCGUGGUUGAAAACUUAUGUUUCUGGUGUUAGUGAAACUGUCUCAGAAUAUUUAGGAACUGGGAGUCCUAGGGACCCUUGCCUUGAUCAACAGUUUUGACUCCAUGCUCCAAGAAUAUCUUGAGUAUCCAAAUUCCUGAUGUUGUGGGACACUUUGGGAUUUGUCGCUGUUAAUAUAGUUGCUCUUUCUUAUUCUAACUUGAUCAAUUAGAGCAGGGCAUAAAGUGAUGAAUCUCCAACAAUUUUGCUGCUUGGGAAUUUUUAAUAGUAGGGGUGUCUGGUAAGUUAUUUAUUACUAUGUUUUUAUUUUAGUGAAAUGCCUUUAACUGUACAUUAAAGAAACUGGAAUUUGAAAUUUUUAUA